AUGACCGCCGACCAGACUCAAGAUGACAGGCUCAUAGUCUUCUUCGACAUUGACAACACCCUUUACUCCGCAAGCUCGAAGAUCUCUUACGCUAUGGGCGAACGUAUACACACAUAUUUCAUAGGUCUUGGAAUACCAGACGACGAAGCAACCGAGCUGCACCAUAAGUACUAUACACAGUAUGGCCUUGCUCUUCGUGGUCUUGCACGGCAUCACAACGUAGACCCGCUAGACUUCGACGCCAAAUGUGACGGCUCGCUGCCUCUCGAGCAGAUGAUCAAGUAUGACCCACCCCUCAGGCAGCUCUUCCAAGACAUCGACCGUUCAAAGGUCCGAGUAUGGGCACUCACGAAUGCGUACCGCACUCACGCCCAACGAGUACUGCGGAUUCUGGGCUUAGAUGAUCAAAUAGACGGCUUGAUAUUCUGUGACUAUUCUCAACCCAACUUCUCCUGUAAACCCGAGCCGGAAUAUUACCAGCAGGCCCUCAAACAAGCCCGCGUCACCGAUCCCUCCAAAAUCCUCUUCAUAGACGACAACCUCGGAAACGUCAAAGCCGCACAAAGCGAGGGCUGGGGUCGAUGCGUUCACUUCUGCGAAGCAGGCCUCCUGGCCGUCGAAGGCGGUAAGCUCCGGACUAUUGGCGACGAUACUCCGUCAUUGCCACACGAUAGAACGGAAGAGAAAGUGGCGCAGAAGGUCGGCGAGAUCGCGGUGGUGAGUGAGUUGCAGCAGUUGAGGAAGGUGUGGCCAGAUUUGUUCGUGCAAGAGCAAAAGGAGAGCUGAGGCGUGCGGUUGCAAUACCGCAUGAGUACAAGUCGGAGGAUAGCUUUGAUACAGAUGUAUUCGCGUUCUCGUUGGAAUCGACCGUACUACAUAAACAUCCCCUUGCCUUGAUAACUGCUAUACAUUGUAAGGUUAAACUACUGUACACCACGGUACUACCGAACGUUAGAUGCUUGUCGUAGAGGAAUCAUGAUUAGUGAAUGGCUGUCUGGUUA